AUGGAACGAGCACAAGAAACGGCCCUAGCCCGGUUCUACGGUCUCCUAAAAGCGCACAAAGAGGGCGCUCCUCUCCGGCCUAUCGUAUCACAAAAGGGCAGUCCAACCUAUGGACUGGCAAAGUGGAUGUUCCAGCGUCUCAAGCUUCUGACCUCCGAUUCGAACACCACAGUCAGCUCGUCAACGUAGUUCUUGAAGAAACUUAAAGGAGUAAGUCUCCUGUCAAGCGAUGUCAUGGUUUCCUUUGAUGUCACGUCCCUUUUUACUUCUAUCCCACAGGACCUGGCAGUUGAGACCAUCGAACUACUCCUUCGAGAGAAAUACGACGAAACGGAGAAUCGCCUCGGACACGCCCAAAUCAUCCAUCUUCCGAAGUUCUGUCUCAAGACGUACUUUACGUUCAACGGAACAAUCUACGAGCAGGUGAAGGGAACGCCAAUGGGUUCGCCGAUUUCGGGACUCAUAGCCGAGGCGGUCCUACAACAGCUGGAGUCGCUGGUUUUCCGACACCAAAGACCGAAAUUCUGGGCUCGGUGUGUGGAUGACACCUUUGUCGUCAUCGAACGGGAUCAGGUGCUGACAUUCAAAGAACAUCUCAACGCCGUCUUCCUGGACAUUCAAUUUACGAAGAAGGAGGAGGAAACAAUCAGCUGGCCUUCCUGGAUAUCCUUGUCUGCCGCAAAAAUUGUGGUGCCCUAA